GGGCGGCGCGUCCAGCUCCGCGCGCCUCAUCAGUCCUCAGCGGAGCCUCCUCACAGCCACAAAACAACGCUGACCGAGCUCCAGGGAGGAUUUACUGACCAGCUAGGACAUCUGACCAUCACCAUCAUGUGGAAGAUCAGCGCCAAACACUUGCUGUGCCUCUUGCUGCUCGCCUUCCCGCUGAGCUGGGCAGAGGACACGAAGAAAGAUGCGAGGAAGACGGAGAACACCUCAGUUUUGGGCCAAGCCAAGACCAGACGGCUGUUUGCGAGGCAAAAGAUUGCUCCACCGCAACAAAAUCAAAAUCUUAAACACAAACCAAACCUCAUGGCCCCUGCACGCCGCUGCGGACGCUUGAUGGAAAGCUGCUCCUCGCAUGUGCCGUGCUGCGACCCCUGCGCCUCCUGCCGCUGUCGGCUCUUCAACACCAUCUGCCACUGCUGGAGGAUGAACCCUCUGUGCUUAAAGAAGACCUAGACAGGAUGCACGAACUCACACACCAACACAUGCACAUGCAUGCACAAUUACACCCCAGCACCUGGACACACACAGUAGCAGAUAACACAUAGAGGUAUUCACAUAGACUGCCUUCUGGCUUGUUGGUUUUGCUCUCUGGCAGUUCCAGUCAACAUUAUUAAGAGGAAGCUGGCAACACAGACGGAUGUUACAGGUAAAAGCUCUUUGCAUAUUCUGUGAAUUAAAGAAUAAAGCCGCCUGGUGGAGAGUUUUUUCAUUUCCGUGCAGCAAGAAUAUAUUAAAAAAUAUAUAAUAAUACAGAAAAUAGUCCAACAUAUAUUACGUAGGUGUGACACAGUAUGGGGGAUUUAUGUAGACGUGUCACAUACGUGUGUUAGCCGUGUGUUAUGCCCUGGGUAUUUCCGGCACUCGUGAUGCUUUUAAGUAUGUUUAUCAUUUCUACCCUCUCGCCGUGCUAAUCAUGUGAGGACCUCAGUUAUUUGGAGUUACAUCAAAACAUAUAUGUCUUUUUUUUUUUUUUAAUUCUACAUAAAAAAAGUGCAUUUAUGUAAGCAAUGCCUUGACACAUAUUCGGGUCCCCGUUGUGAAAUCACUAGUUAUUCGUGUGUGGAUUUAUGAGCUGAAGUUUGUUUAUAUUUUUGCUAUUAAAUAAAUGCUGUCUGUCGUAAGCCUGCA